AUGGCAUUCAAGGCGGCGCUCGAGGCGGACCAGGACGCGCCGGAGAGCUGGUCCAAGUACAUGACGACGGUGUACGUCGGGCGCAAGGAGCCCGCGAUCGGCUCGUACGACGCCGCGAAGCUCGAGCAGCGCGCGCGCGAGGUUACGAAGGAGAACCCUUCGGCGUUUCUGUAUGUUUUCGGGAGCGCAGGCUCGUGCGCGACCGAGCUCGCGAACCGGCGCGCGUUCGAGCGCUGGGCGUUCAUCCCGAACAUGCUCGUCGACGCGUCGGACCGCAACAUGGAGACGACGCUUUUCGGGGUCAAGUACAAGUCCCCGCUGCUGCUCGCGCCGAUCGGCGUGCACGGGCUGCUCCACCCAGAGGGCGAGACCGAGACGGCGAAGGCGGCGGCGCGGAUGGAGGUCCCCAUGAUCUGCAGCUCCGCGAGCACGCGCUCGCUCGAGGUGGUCGCCACCGCGAACGGCAACGGCCCGCGCUGGUACCAGCUCUACUGGCCACGCUCGGAGGAGCUCACGCUCUCGCUCCUCUCGCGCGCGAAGGCGUGCGGCUUCACCGCGUGCGUCGUCACCCUCGACACGAUGUGCAUGGGCUGGCGGCCGUACGACCUCGACAAGGCGUACCUGCCGUUCAUGCACGGCGUCGGCAUCCAGGUCGGCACCUCCGACCCGGUCUUCAUGGCCUCGCAGGGGCUCGCCCCGCGCGCGGACGAGCGCGUCCCGUUCCCGUUCGACCCCGCGGCGUGCGACGCGCGGCGCGCGGCCGGGGACACGCACGAGAUCGAGAUGGCGCGCCUCGGGCGCAACUGGUCGCGCCAGAUCCACUCGGGGCUGUUCAGGACGUGGGAGGAGAUGGCGUUCGUGCGCGCGCACUGGGAGGGGCCGCUCGUCCUCAAGGGCAUCCUGUCCGUGGGCGACGCGCUGAAGGCAAUGGAGAUCGGGUGCGACGGGAUCGUCGUUUCGAACCACGGUGGACGACAGGUUGACCAGGCCAUCCCCGCGCUCGUGGCGCUUGAGAAGAUCGCCGCGCACCCCGCCAUCCACGAUGCUCAGGUGUCGGGGAAGUUUACGGUCUUUUUCGACUCAGGCGUUCGCCGUGGAGGCGACAUCAUCAAGGCUAUCGCACUGGGUGCAAACGCUGUCCUUCUUGGACGACCAUUUAUGUACGGUUUGGCAGUUGCAGGCGAGAAGGGUGUUGAAGAAGUUGUUCGUGGCCUGCUGUGCGAAGCCGAGCUCCAGCUGGGUCUUUGCGGCUUCAAUAGCAUCGACGAGAUCUGGAACAAGAGGGAAGCGGUCAUGGAGAAGCUGGAUCUCGGUUAUUUCUCAUGA